UCUCCUCCUCUGUCAGUCCUGUCAGAGCUGCGGUGGGUUCGCGUCCGAGCACUCCCGCCUUGCCCAGGACUGAGGGCCUGCUGUCCACAUCCCUUCCCUGAGCUGUGCACCAGGGGAAUGGCGCUGCCGAGAAACGCGAACAUGUUUGAUCUGGGCCUGGGCACGUGGAGCCUGAGCUCCGAGGAGGAGAGCCAGAGGGCUCAGGCACCCUCCAAGAGUGUUGGGAAGCAGCUGCCCGAGUACAAGGCGGUCGUGGUGGGCGCGAGUGGCGUGGGCAAGAGUGCGCUCACCAUCCAGCUGAACCACCAGUGCUUCGUGGAAGACCACGACCCCACGAUCCAGGAUUCCUACUGGAAGGAGGUUGCCCUGGGCCAUGGGGGCUGCAUUCUGAACGUGCUGGACACGGCAGGGCAGGCCACUCACAGGGCCCUGCGUGACCAGUGUGUGGCGAUUGGGGAUGGCGUGCUGGGGGUCUUCGCCCUGGAUGACCCUUCGUCUCUAGCCCAGCUGCAGCAGAUGCGGGCCACCUGGGGCCCUCACCACACCCAGCCCCUCGUCCUUGUGGGCAACAAGUGUGACCUUGUGAGCACCACUGCAGAUGCUCGGGCCGCUGCUGCGGCCCUUGCGAAGAGCUGGGGGGCCCCCUUCGUGGAGACCUCAGCCAAGACCCGGCAAGGUGUAGAGGAGGCCUUUACCUUGCUCAUCCAUGAGAUCCAAAAGGUCCGGGAGGCCAUGGCAAAGGAGGCCAUGACAGGGCCGGGUGGGGAUAAGGCCCGGCACCAGAAGGCCAUGUGCCGCUGUGGCUGUUCUGUGGCCUGAAGAUCUCGGUCGAGAAGAGUGGCCUGCCCCCAGGCCAGGGUGGUGGAUCCUAGACAUGAGACCACCUCACCCCCCCACCCCACCCCCCACCCCAGCAACUAGCUGCGUGGGACACUGUUGGUGUACUGGGGAUAGAUGAAUCCCUCUGUUGGGGAGAUUUUCAUUUGGUGAUGGGCAUUUGGUAACGUGGGGCAUCGUAUUGGUUAUUGGCGAGC